UUCCGACUUCCGGAGCCCGAAGGCUCUCGCUUGGCGCCUGGGUGAGAGUCCCUCGAGGGGCCGCUCCUGAGGUUCCGCUGACCAUUCUUCCCGCGGCGGGGAGCCCACGGGCGCUGGUGCUGUCGCCCGCGCGGGCUCCGAACCGCGGCCUCUUUGCCAGGCAGUUGCUGAAGCUGUGCGGACGGCGCAGCCUGGCCACCUUGCGCGGCCUGAGCGUCGAGGAGGCGGCGGCAAGUGGCACGGUGCCGGCGGGGUGGCGGGAGGCCCUAGCUCAGGGCCAAGUGAACCUCGCCAUCGUGGGCUGGCACCAGACGGGCCAUGCUGCGCUGGCUGCGGGGCUUCGUGCUGCCCGCGGCGGCCUGCCAGGAUGAAGAUGACUACUUACGCUAUGGGAUCCUCUUCGAAGACCUGGACCGCAAUGGGGACGGCGUGGUGGACAUCGUUGAGCUGAAGGAGGGGCUGAAAAACUGGAGCUCCUCCUUUGGCCCGGACUCGGAGAAGGUAAUUUUUAGGGCCGGAGAUACCAACGCUGAUUCAAAAUUAGAUUUUGGAGAAUUUUUGCGGUACCUUCAAGACCACGAGAAAAAAAUGAGACUGGCAUUUAAUAGUCUGGACACAAAUAAGAAUGGAGUAAUAGAAGUUUCAGAAAUACUUGCUGCUUUGAAAUCUAUGGGUAUGAAUAUUUCUGAAGAGCAGGCAGUCGAGAUUAUUAAAAGCAUGGAUACUGAUGGGACAAUGACAAUAGACUGGGAUGAAUGGAAGUACUACUUUUUACUUCAUCCUGCAACAAAUAUCACUGAAAUUAUUCAUUUCUGGAAGCACUCUGCUGUAAUUGACAUAGGAGAGAGUAUAUCUAUUCCAGAUGACUUUACCGAACACGAAAAGCAGUCUGGAGACUGGUGGAAGCGUUUGGUGGCAGCAGGAAUAGCUAGUGCGAUCGCACGAACAUGCACAGCACCUUUUGAGCGCUUGAGAGUCAUGUUGCAGGUUCAUAGUUUAAAGACAAGGAAAAUGAGAUUGACUAGUGUGGUUGAGCAGAUGAUAAAAGAAGGAGGAAUUUUUUCUCUUUGGCGAGGAAAUGGUGUAAAUAUUUUUAAAAUUGCACCAGAGACAGCACUCAAGGUUGGGGCCUAUGAACAGUAUAAGAAAUGGCUUAGUUUUGAUGGUACUCAUGUAGGAAUUCCUGAAAGAUUUAUAUCUGGUUCAUUGGCUGGUGUAACUGCCCAGACCUGUAUUUACCCCAUGGAGGUACUGAAGACCAGACUAGCUGUAGGUAACACUGGAGAGUAUUCAGGGAUUAUUGAUUGUAGCAGGAAGCUUUUCAAACAAGAAGGUGUCAGAGCCUUUUUCAGAGGUUAUGUCCCAAACUUCCUAGGCAUUAUACCUUAUGCAGGCAUAGAUUUGGCUGUUUAUGAGCUUUUGAAGAAUUAUUGGCUGGAACAUUAUUCAAAAAACUCUGUAAAUCCUGGGAUAAUGAUUUUGCUGGGAUGUAGUACAUUGUCUCACACUUGUGGUCAGUUAGCCAGCUUCCCUUUGAACCUUCUAAGAACUCGCAUGCAGGCUAAAGCCCCGAUGGAAGAAGGAAAAACAGUUUCUAUGAUUCGGCUCAUUCAAGAAAUAUAUAGCAAGGAAGGAAAAAGAGGAUUUUUCAGGGGUAUCACCCCAAAUGUCAUAAAGUUGCUUCCUGCAGUAGGCAUCAGCUGCGUGGCUUAUGAAAAAGUGAAGCUCCUUAUGGGAUUAACCUAGAAGUGAAAUAUCAAAUUGCUGUCAUUGCCAUAAUCACUUAAUUAUAAGUUAAUACCUGGGUUAUAAAGAGAUCUUAUCUUUUCCUAAAAGGAAAGAAGUAUCAAAUAAUUGUUCAGAUAUUUUCUUUUUA